CAGUAGUUUUUUUUUCUUCCAGUUGAGUUGAUAGAUAUAGAUAGAUAGUAAUAAUUUCACAGCUCAACUCACACACAAUCAUCAAAUCAAAAAGGAAAAAAAAUAAUUAGUUACCGAUUAAGAGUCACAUUCAUAACAAGCUAUAAGAAAAAUCCCAAACAACAAGAGAACCUUACAUUACAGAAUUGAAUUUAUGAAAUUUACGAAAUUGAUGUUUUUUGUUUGUUUAUAAACACAUAUUCAUGCGUUGUAAGGUUGUAUCUAUUACCUACCACUGAUAACUCCAUCGUUUCUUCUUCUUCUACCUUUUCAUCUUCAUCAUCACAGUUUUUCUUCUUCUUUAGAUAGAUAGAUAGCUCCAUCUUAUCUUAGAUUCAUUCAUAUCAUAACCACUCACAUUUUCCACACUUCAUAUAGAUAUUGCUGUUUUUUCUGACAACUUCCUAGAUUUGUGCUAACAUAAAGAUCUAUAGCCGUUUUUGUUUCGUCCUAUGUUUGUGUCUCUUCACUUAUGAAACUGCUGUUUCUGAGAUCUGGAAUUUCAAGGUUUUUCACUUGAGGUUUGAUAUUAUCUGUGAGAAAUGGGCUCUAAUUUGAAUGCUGAAUUAUCAAAGAAAACUGUUUUUGGUGUAAAGGUUUGGGAAGUGAUUGCAAUUGUUGUUGCUUUGUCAAUUAUAGUGAUUCUCUCUGUGGUUUCAAUAUGUCUUACUUCAAGAAAGAAAUCUAGGAGAGCUAGAAACAAGAUUCCUGUUACUGAGAUACCAAAUGUGUCGAAGGAAAUUAAGGAAGUUAGGGUUGAGCAAGUAUCGACGAAUGGAUUUGCGCCGCGUGAUGGAAUACUUUUAACCAUUCAUGAUAAAUCUAGUGAUAAAGAGUCUGAUAAAGUUAUGGUUCAUUUAGAUUUAGGGAAGAAGAUGAAGAAUGGUGAUAGUAGUAGUCAUUCGGAAUCGUUUCAUCAGUACAUGGAGAAAGAUGGUGGUGGGUCGCAUUCGCAAUCGGGUGAAGAAGGUAGCUCCGGAACGGUUACUGUCUAUAAGCAGUCUUCUUCUUCGUACCCUAUAACAGCUCCUUCGCCUCUAUCUGGUCUUCCGGAAUUCUCGCACUUAGGUUGGGGUCAUUGGUUUACUUUGAGGGAUCUUGAACUUGCUACGAGCCGUUUCGCGAAAGAAAAUGUUCUCGGUGAAGGGGGUUAUGGAGUGGUAUAUAAGGGACAGUUGAUCAAUGGAAGUCCAGUUGCGGUGAAAAAGAUACUCAAUAAUAUUGGUCAAGCAGAGAAAGAAUUUAGAGUGGAAGUUGAAGCUAUUGGCCAUGUCAGACACAAAAACUUGGUUCGCCUUUUGGGGUUCUGCGUUGAGGGAACUCACAGGAUUUUAGUCUACGAGUAUGUGAAUAAUGGAAACUUGGAGCAAUGGCUUCAUGGAGCUAUGCGUCACCAUGGCUAUCUUACAUGGGAAGCACGUGUCAAGGUUCUCCUUGGCACAGCCAAAGCGCUUGCGUAUUUGCACGAAGCAAUUGAGCCAAAGGUGGUACACCGAGAUAUCAAGUCGAGCAACAUAUUAAUCGACGAUGAUUUCAAUGCUAAGGUUUCUGAUUUUGGUCUGGCCAAGUUAUUGGGUGCCGGGAAGAGUCAUGUCACAACCCGAGUAAUGGGAACCUUUGGAUACGUGGCUCCUGAAUACGCAAACACUGGCCUUCUAAAUGAGAAGAGUGAUGUUUAUAGCUUUGGUGUUUUGCUAUUGGAAGGAAUUACGGGAAGAGAUCCCGUUGAUUAUGGCCGUCCGACAAAUGAAGUGAAUCUAGUUGAUUGGCUGAAGAUGAUGGUUGGAAGCCGAAGAUCAGAAGAAGUGGUGGACCCGAACAUUGAGGUGAAACCAUCGACAAGAGCUCUGAAACGCGCUCUCUUAACUGCUUUAAGAUGCGUUGAUCCAGAUUCGGAGAAAAGACCCAAGAUGAGCCAAGUUGUACGAAUGCUGGAGUCCGAGGAAUACCCUUUAGCAAGAGAGGACCGAAGGCACAGGAGAAGAAAUCAAGGAGGCAGUGCAGAAAUUGAAUCGCAGAGGGAAUUUUCCGACACGGACAGGAGUGAGAUUCAGGGCUCUAGAGAAGAGAGCAGAGGGUAGCACGGCCGCGUGUAUCGCGGCCCGAAGUCGGAAUCAUAUGGUUUAUUGGGUUGUAUAAAGUGGUAGUUUUUUGUUUUUCUUUUAUCCAGUAGCAUUUUAGAUUCUUGGAAUUGUUUGGUUUUUGUUUUAGUGUCUGUCCUAUUGUUUCUGUAUGAAGGGGGUUGGUAUUGGUAAGAUAAGAACCCAAAAUAGCGGGUGUGUACAUAAUCGGACGAUUUCAUCGUAAAUUCCAAUAUUUGUUUCUUAAA